CCUCUGCCCUCUCCGUCACAGUUUGGAUUCACCAGCUGCGAGCACGAGCCAAGCCGAGUCGAGCGAGCUAGCGGCUGAACGCACAAGUGUCACUUCGGCCCGGGAUGCCAUGCCCGAGGCCGCCGCUAAUUCUUCCGGAAAGUCGUUCCUUCAACGGGCGUCGGGCAAGGUUCUCCGCUGGUUACGCCGCUCCCUGCGGACCAGCCACCAGGUCGACGGUCAUGGCGCGGAAACGGGACCGGAGCUCGACGAGGAGAUGGAGAAGGUCUUCGCGAUGGACACCGGGGAGAAGUUCGACGUAGCCCGGCUCGGUUCGCCAUCCGAAUCGGCUGGAUCCGAUCGAGACCGAGAGCGAGCACCACCGUCGCGAUAUGGAGAACGCGACUUCAACCAGCAUCGGAAAAGGAGCUACCCCCAUCCGCACAUGCCCCUGAAGAGUCUUCAUUGCAGAUCUAUGCGACGACAUCUUUCACCGGAAGGAUCUACGACGGAGGUUGGCCCGGAAGAGGAGACCGGGCAGGUUCUGAGGGAAAACGGCGGGAAUGGUCAGGAGGCGGACACGAUGGACGCCGGUGGCGGCGUUCAGUCGCCAAGCAGCGUGCAGAAUGUCGAUGAGGAGACGACCGAGGACACGGAGAACGUGGUCAGCAGCGAGAGCGAGGCGCCGAUUUCAGAGAGGGCCGCCUCCGUUGGCGGUUUCAGCGAGAGCCCCACUAUUGGCAGUCCCCGGGUGCAGUUCGAGAAGAUCAAGGAGGAGGAGGUGCCCGCUGUCAAGAAGGACGAGGCGCCGACGAGCGUCGGUGAGCCCGCCAGCAGCCACGACGAGGAUCGUAAAUGUCGACGACACCAGAAACACGAGCACAAAAGACACCAUCACAAGUCGCGGAAGUACUCGUUGCAAGAGGACCCGCAAUGGAGGAAACGCUCGGGUGCUGGCCUGCCGGACGGGCCAGCGGUGCUGGCAAGGAGGGUGAGCGUGCAACCGGAGGAGGCGAGCACUCUGCAGGAGCUGGACAUCGACGACCUGGAGUCGCACAGGAGCGACGACCCGCGGGGAAUGAGGCGGCACAAAACGGCCCAUUCGACGGUGCAGAUCGGCCGUAGAAAGGAGGGCGGGAUACCGCACGACACCUUCAAGAAGAUGUACGAUCACUCGCCGCACGAGGUGUUCGUCCAGCUGGACGAGUUGUACGGGAUCGGCGAGGAGCGUGAAUGGAGAGAGACGGCGCGUUGGAUCAAAUACGAGGAGGACGUGGAGGAGGGGGCGGACAGAUGGGGCAGGCCCCACGUGGCCUCGUUGAGCUUCCACUCGUUGCUGAAUUUACGCAGAUGCCUGGAGACCGGCGUGGUUCUGCUCGAUCUCGAGGAGAAGGAUCUGCCUGGCCUGGCGUACAGGGUUGUCGAGCAAAUGGUGGUGGAGGAGCUGAUCCUGCCGGAAGAUAGGCCGGUGGUGAUGAGGGCCCUGCUUCUCAGGCACAGGCACGUUCACGAUCACGAUCGUGGCUUCCGAUUCGGCGGCAAGCGAAAUUAUUCCAGCUACACCAGCCUCCAGUCCGUCUGUCUGGAGGAAGAAGACGCUGCGCGGGAAGCCUCUGAGAACCAUGUAACCCAACAUAACCUGAACGACGCGAAGCCGAAGAUCGUGUCGUCGAACCUGGCCUUGGACAGCAACCACACGGUGGUGGACAUGAAGGAGGAGCUGACGUACACGAGCAGCAACGAGGACUUGAAGAAGAGUCACAACGACUAUAUCUUGAAGAGGAUCCCGGCCGGCGCCGAGGCGACGGUCGUGCUGGUCGGCGCGGUCGAGUUCCUCGAUCAGCCGACCAUCGCGUUCGUCCGACUAGCCGAGGGCGUGUUCAUUCCGUCGAUCACCGAAGUCACCAUACCAGUAAGAUUCAUGUUCACGUUGCUGGGCCCGAGGAACGCUGACCUAGAUUAUCACGAAAUCGGUAGAUCGAUCGCCACGCUGAUGGCCAAUACGUCGUUCCAUAAAGUCGCGUACAAAGCGAACGAGAGGCGCGAGCUACUGUCAGCGAUCAACGAGUUCCUCGACGACUCGAUCGUUCUGCCUCCUGGUGACUGGGAGAGGCAGGCGCUGUUGCCGUUCGGCGAGCUAAGGGCCAAGAGCGAGGCCAUCAGGAAGCGAAAAGCGAAAGCGCUCGAGGAGAAGAGCAAGCCAAUUAUUCAGAGCGAGGCCGCUGUCAAGAAAGCUCUGCUUGCUGGCGAGGAGGAGAAGAAACCUCCGGGCGACGACGAUCCGCUUCGAAGAACCAAGCGACCGUUCGGCGGUCUGAUUAACGACAUCAAGAGACGCUAUCCCUUUUACCUGUCCGACUUCACCGACGGUUUGAGCUCGUCGUGCCUCGCGGCGGCCAUCUUCAUGUACUUCGCCGCGCUGUGCACGGCCAUCACGUUCGGCGGCUUGAUGAGCGACAAGACGCACAACGUUAUCGGCAUCUCCGAGACACUGGUCUCUGGCUCUUGGACGGGGGUGGUGAUGGCCUUGUUCUCCACUCAGCCGUUGGUCAUCAUCGGCACGACCGGCCCGCUGUUGCUCUUCGACGAGAGCUUGUACAACUUUUGCCUGGCGAACGAGUUGGAGUUCCUCACCGUGAGAGUCUACGUAGGAGCGUGGAUGGGUAUCAUAGCUCUGGCGAUUGCCUGCGUGGAAGGUUCCGUAUUGGUCCGUCUCUUCACCCGUUUCACCGAGGAGAUCUUCACCGGCUUGAUCUCCAUCCUGUACAUCGUCGAGACGUUCGUCAAACUGUACAACUACUUCGCGAAGAAUCCGCUGCUCGACGAGUACAGCUUCGUCCCGGAGACGAACGACACGUUGUAUCAAGAGCCGUUGAACGUGACGGAGAUCAAGGUCGUUUCCCCGGAGACCGGCGAGACGGUCGCCCUUCCGUUGAACAAACCGCAGACCCUCAUACCGGCGUUCAACAUGGCCGGGUUGUUGAUCAACCAACCGAAUACCGCCUUGAUGUGCACUAUCCUCUGCCUGGGUACGUUCCUCGGCGCUUACUACUUGCGCAUCUUCCGCAACAGCCACUACCUCGGACGAAGCGCCAGAAGGGCGUUCGGUGACUUCGGCGUGCCGAUCAGCAUCAUCGUGUUUGUACUGAUCGAUUAUCUGGCCAAGGUGAAGACGGAGAAGCUGUUGGUCCCGGAAGGCCUGUCGCCGACCGUGCCCGGCAGGAGCUGGAUCGUGUCACCGGCCGGAAUACACAAACCCAUCCCCCUGUGGAUGGCCAUGGCUUGCAUCGUGCCGGCGUUGCUGGUUUACAUUCUCGUUUUCAUGGAAACGCAGAUCUCCGAACUAAUCAUCGAUAAAAAAGAACGAAAAUUACGGAAAGGUAACGGCUACCACAUGGAUAUAGUGGUAGUGUGCCUAAUGAACGUCGGCUGUGGUUUAAUGGGCGCCCCGUGGUGCUGCGCCGCCUCGGUCCGAUCGCUGACGCACGUCUCGGCGGUGACGGUCAUGUCACGCACGCACGCACCCGGUGACAAGCCGCACAUCGUCGAGGUGAAGGAGCAAAGGGUGAGCGCCCUUUUGGUCGCCGUGCUGAUCGGCAUCAGCGUGUUGAUGGCGCCGCUGUUGCGACGCGUGCCAAUGUCCGUCCUCCUCGGUGUGUUUCUCUACAUGGGCAUCUCCUCGACCAACGGUGUCCAACUGUUCGACCGUGUGAAGCUGUUCUUCAUGCCGGUGAAACACCACGGCACGGCCAAUUACGUUCGACGGGUGCAGACCUACAAGAUGCACAUAUUCACCCUCAUACAAAUCCUGUGCCUGGCCACACUGUGGGUGGUGAAGAGUACCAGGGCCGCCCUGGCGCUUCCGUUCUUCCUGAUUCUCAUGAUACCUCUACGGGCUCAGAUGACCCACUUUUUUACCGCCGCGGAGCUACGGGCACUCGACAGCAAAGGAUCGGAACACGAGAGUACCGAGGACGAGCCAGACUUCUACGAGGAAGCUCCGUUACCUGGUUAGGUGUAGUGCCUUAUUCGACUUGUCCGAUAAAUACCUCUCUCCUCCAGCGCAUACCUUCCUUUCUUUCCCUCUCCUCUCUCCUUCUGCCCUCCUCCUGCUCCACCUCUCCAAAGAUUUUGUUCGUGCUUUCUGGUCGACUACAAAGUCCUAUAUAUCACGUUUCAGAGCGAUUCUGAAUAUGUACUAGCGCGAGAGAAAAAAAAGAAAAAAAAAAAAAAGAAUCUAUUUUCGUGAAAAAAAAGAAGAGAAAAUAUGUAUGUAUACCAAUGAAUUAAGAGAAGAC